AUGAAACACACCAAAGGUCUACAUAAAAACAAGUGGAAGAAAACCAACCAUACUGGAACAAGCACCGAAGAAAUGAAAUCUACAUGCAAUGCAAGUAAUGAAACAAAUUGGGACAAUGAUAUAGCGGGUUCCAUUCCACCAUCAUCAUCUACAACAACAUUAACAACAUGGCAAGUAUUGUCAUUAGGAAUCUUGGUGAUAGAGUCCAUUGUUGGCACCUUUAUGAAUGGUCUUAUGGUGACUAUUAACUUGAUCAACCUGCUAACUCAAAGGAAACUGAACUCUUGCGAUUCAGUCCUUACAUGUCUUGGUUUGUCACGACUCACUUUCAUGUCUUUGCUUUUAGUGAUUUACUUUGUCAGUUAUUUAGCACCUAAUGAUACUAGUUUAGCAACUAACUUGCAGUAUUCAUGGCUGUUUUUUAGUAACAUAAGCCUUUGGUUAGCCACAUGGCUGAGUGCCUUUUACUGUGUGCGAAUUGUCAACAUCCAGAUACACAUUUUUACUGCAUUUAAGACACAUUUUGAUCGCUUGCUCCCUUUCCUCGUACUCACCAGCAUAGCAAUAUCUGUGUCCUGCUGUAACUCUACUGCAUACUCUGGUGCCAGCCAGACAUUCGAUGUGAGUAAAUUUCAGAAGAAAGAUAAUUCAACCCCAUUUGCUGCAUUUGGAAAUAACUUUGGAACCUUCAUGACCCUCUCUAUAGCGGGUUCCAUUCCACCGUUUUUUCUGUUUUGUGUUUCCACUGGCCUGGUGGUUGGCUCUCUUGUAAAACAUAUGAAAAAGAUGAAAGAACAAGAGCGAACAGGGUUCAGGGAGCCGUCAUUAGAUGCCCAUUACCGAGCAGUUAAAAUGAUGGCUGCCUUCUUCAUAUUUUUCUCCCUUUACUUGAUGGCAUUCAUCCUAUAUGGAUCAGGACAGUUGGAUGAUGAUAUGCUAAGCUGUAUGGCUGCUUUUCUGAUUGGAGCUUACCCAUCCCUACAUUCUAUUCUCCUUGUGAUUGGGAACCACAAACUCAAGCAUGCCUUGGUGGCCAUUCUACAGAAAGGACAUUUCUACCAAAAAGAAGUCAUUCAGACCAUCAGUGACUAA